CAAGUGUUUCCUUUGCUGCGCUGUGCAAGGAUCUACUAUAAUCUCUGCAGCACUACAAUUUCACGUAUACCAAGAUGCAUAGAGAAAUAGAGGCGGCAGUCACUUUCCUUGUGAAGAUUCUGAGCCUUAAGAGGAGGAUAAAGCCUGAGAAACUGGUGGUUUUGGCAGAGAACAUGGCGCAUCUCCUGCACAAGAAAUACCAAGGCCACUGGUAUCCAGACAAGCCGAACCGGGGUCAGGCUUACAGAUGUAUCCGCAUCAAUUCCUGGCAGUAUGUGGAUGAGUCCUUGCUUCUGGCUUGUGCAAUGAGUGGCUUAGAUUACUCAAGACUUCCUCUACCAGGCGAGAUGACCAUUUGGAUUGACCCACUUGAAGUUUGUGGCAGGUUUGGGGAGCACACUGACUUCUUCACAAUAGCGUCGUUCAAAAAUGAAGAGGCAGUCAAAGUAAACAAGAGGAAGCAUUCAGAGCAGACUUCUGAUUAUUCCUCAGAGGGACCUUCCUCUGAGUCUGUUUCUGAGAACUCGUCUGAUGAUGAGACAACCGGGGAGAAAGCUACAGCUUCAAAGGAAACGAGUAAUGCCUUCAUUACACCCCAAACAUAGGAUCUCUAGUGAACAUAGUAUGAAUUUCUCCUCAUUCAGGAACCAAGGGCAUGGGCACAAUGUCUGGAUUGUAAAGGCCUCCUACUUUGUAUAGACAAUUGGCUCAGAACAGACUGGAAGCAACUGGCACACAGUGGUGAAAUCUAGCGGUCUCUCUUCCAAUGGUGAUACAGUGCCAGUGUUCUCUAAUGGCUUCUCUCAGCUGUGCAAGAGUGACCUAAAUCGCACUAGACCAAUUUUAAUUUUUAUUUUAACUAUCUUAUCCUCUUACCCCUACACACACCUUGCUUGUCAUUGUGUUCCCUUUAAAGAAACCUCUUUAGUAGAUGGAAAUUGGGUCAGUCACCAUCAGUGUUGGCUUGAACCCUCUAACCAAUUGCACUUUAUUUGAUGAAAAUGUCAGGACAGGAACAUAUCCUAAUGAGUAAGGUUUCUCUGUUCCCUUCAGUUAAGUAUGAACGUAUAACUUUGAGUGUACGAGAACUUAUGUACAAAAUAGUUGAAAUGUUUGUUAUAACAGAACAUCCUACUUAUGUCUGUGACCACUAGAUGGUGUUCUAUGAAGUCUAAAGUUCUUCACUAGAUAGACUUAAAUCAUGAGACCUAGCCAUAAGAGUAAAACUAUUAAAUCUGUGUACAGAACACCCAUCUGCAUUUAAACAUAAGGGAAUGGUAACUGCCACUUUCCAGUGAUAGAAAAUAGAUUUUUUAUAUGAAGUACUUGUUUUUAGUUAUCUGGGCAUGUGACUAUUGAACUUGAUAGAAGGCAUGCCAUAUUGUCAACCUUCCAGGUGUCACUUUUUUCCCAGCAUCCUCUGUUUUUGGGAUUUGCACUUUUUAAACUGGAGGGUCAAAUGCACAACCUGCCUGAGACCUUUUUUUUUUUUUUUUUUUUCUGCUUUUUAAUACUGAUACACCGAAUCCAGGAUUCGGAUUCGCCCGAAUCCUUGUGCCUGGCUGAACCGAAUCUGAAUCCCAAUUCGCAUAUGUAAAUUAGGAGCGGGUAGGGAAUGACUUUUCGUCAAUUUUUUUUCCACUUUUUCCUUUCCUGCCCCUAAUUUGCCUAUGCAAAAUAGGAUUUGGUUUACUAUUUGGCCGAAUCUUUCACCAAGGAUUCAGGAAUUUGGCCCACUCCCAAAUAGUGGUUUCGGUGUAUCCCUACUUUUUAUAAAGUUCUAGAACAAUUUACUUUUAAAAGUUCUCCCCCUAUGAAUAUAAUGGUUACUUUAAUAGACUUUUGGGCUUAAUGGAACUCUUGAUGGUUGCUCCCUAUUAUAUUCAAAUAGCUUUUUCUUUUUUUUUUUUUUUUUAAAUCUAAAGACUUGUAACCAGGGUCCGGAUUCCAUUUAAACUGCCGGCAAACCAGGGGCUCAUUUUAUUUCCCUGAAGGUUAAAGCACUGACAGACCCCCCUCCCCCAACUUGGCUUCUGUUAGGUGGCCAUACAUGGGCAGAUUAAAGCUGCUGAUUUUAGAUCUUUACACCAAUAUAGCCGCUUAUCUGCCCAUGUAUUGGGGCUCUGCCCAUGUAUUGGUGCUGUCCAGUGGGUUUCUGCGGUCGAUAUCUGGCCAAAGUCAGCCAGAUCUCAAUCGGGCAUGUUUUGAUUUUUCUGUCUGAUCAUUGACUGUAUCGGAAUUUUUGUAUCUCCUUCAUUGCGAUUGUGCCCUAGGGCAAAACAAUAUUAUCCACCCAAGGUGGGCAUAUUGGGGGAUAUAUUUGCUUGUUUGGAAACCUUGCCAACUGAGUGAAUGAAUAUGUCCGCCUUAUUCAUCUUUCUAUAAUAUCUCCUGUUUUAUAGUGUGGGUAUUAAAUAUUUUUGGAGGGUAUAGGGACCAUCAUUUGUGCACUUAGUGUAUAUACUGCGAUUUUAUCAGGGUUUCUGAUGGCUAAUGUUCAUCCUUCAGUGCAAAAGCACAAUGAUAGCCAGUUGUGAAAUGGGUUGCAUUAUUUUUGGCUAAUGAACCAGGAUCCAGAAUAGUUCUGGGCUUGGUCAGAUAUUUUAAGUCAAGCACUAAAGGUAAAAAUCCCCCCCCUGCUAAAUAGUGGUUCUGUUAACUGGCGUUCUUUAUUAAAUGUGGUUUGCCAAGUAACCUCAGUCGGAAGCUACUAGACACUUAGAUGCAACAAAUCCAGUAAUCCAAGUUAAACCUUCUAAAAUGAAAGUGGUUGUGUUCAUAUUUCUUUGAAAAGUUUGUUCUAGAAAUUAAACUUUUUAUUGCCCUACAGGUGUCAUUCUACUGUUGGCUUUUCACAAUUACCAGCUGUAUCAGCUCCAAUGGCUUUAAGCAAAAUGUAUUGGCACUUGUACUUUGGAUUAAAUCUUUAAACCAAA